CCAACAUGGCAGAGGAAACAGGGGAGGAACAGUUUUCUAAAAUAUUUUAAGACAUUUCCCCACUAACACGUAUAAAUCUAAUCUAUUUACUUCACAGAGAUGAAUGCUGAUGUAGAAAAUCAUAUUCGACAGAAUCAUGCAUGGUCAAAACUGCCUGCCAAUGUCAAACAAAUUCUUGGAAAUUCCCAGAAAGAGUAUGAGAAGGCUGUGAAGCAGUUCAGUGUUAAUAAUCAACUUCGCUACAAAACAAAUUUAGUGAAGACAGUGUGUCGUGAUGAGCGUCGUUACUACGAGGACCUGCUGCAGUACAGCCAGGAGCAUCUCAUGCUGUAUCCAUACCACCUGUCAGACGUGGUGGUGAAGGGCCUCCGUGUCACUCCCUUCACCUACUACAUCAACAUGAUGGCCGACAUCAUGGGCCAGGAGAAGAGCUAUGACUCACUGCCAAACUUCACUGCUGCCGAUUGUUUACGGUUACUCGGGAUCGGAAGAAACCAAUACAUAGAUCUAAUGAAUCAAUGCAGAUCCUCAAAAAAGUUUUUCCGGCGGAAACCACCUAAAGACCUUUUACCCACAAAGCCAGUUGACAUAGUGGUUAUUGAGCCCUGGUGGCAUGUCAAUAUCGGCUUUGUCACCGAGGAUGAUGUCAAGUUCUGUUCUGUACCCGAAAAGAGCAUAAUUGACAGAAUCAUAGACAAGGGUUCACAGGCUGCCGGGGAGAUCAACUAUAAACUCCUCCACAGUUUAUAUAGAAGAGGCUUGAUAUAUAUCGAUGUACCAAUUGAAGAUGAUGACUGUAUUAUAGUCCCGCCCCUGGAGAACUUCGUAAUGAACCGAGUUCUGGGAGACUACUUUGAAACCCUUCUCUACAAGAUAUUUGUGUCCAUAGAUGAGAACACAUCUGUAGCCGAGCUUUCACAUGUUCUGCAGAUUGAUCCACAGCUAGUCAAGAUGGCUGUGUCCAUGUACUGUCGCCUGGGGUUUGCUCGGAAGAAAGGAGCCGAUUUUCCAGAUGAGGACAUCCACCCGUCAUGGAAUGAAGUCAGGUCACCAAGCAAAAAACUGACCCAGAAGGAUUUAAUCCUGGACUGGGGUGACGCCCUUGCCGACGUGAACGAGCCCCCAACCUCCCCAAUCCCUGAUCCGGGGACCCCCACAGACAUCAGCCUUGUCAACAUUGAAACUGCCAUGGACACAUCCACACCGAGUGCUAGUAAACGUAUAGCCUUCCUGUUUGACUCAACAUUAACGGCAUUCCUCAUGAUGGGCAACCUCUCCCCCGGCCUCAAGAGCCAUGCUGUCACUAUGUUUGAGGUGGGCAAGCUCAGCGAUGAGUCACUUGACAGCUUCCUUUCAGAACUGGAGAAGGUUGGUUUUGAGGCAGAAGGAGAGGCUAGGCGGUACUUUGUCCAUGCCCAGCUAUUACGUAACACUGUGCGAUUCCUGCGCUAUAACCGCACCCUGUGUCCUGACAUGGAUGGUGGCUCAGCUGUUGACCUGAUUCGCUGUGAGAGUCUACUUAGUCUUGAUGCUUCCACACAAUCCAGGGUUCUCAACAAAAACUACAGCCUGCUGGUGUCGAUGGCUCCCCUGAGUUAUGAGAUCCAGCCAGUGUCCAGCUGUACACCACAGCACAUUGGCCCAGCCAUACCAGAGGUGAACUCUGUGUGGUUCAAGCUGUACAUGUACAGUCUGACAUGCUCCGGUCCCCCGUCUCUCCUGCUUGUGAAGGGAACCAAGCUACGCAGACUUCCACCCAUCUUCCUGGAGUAUGAGCGUUUGCUGGUGACAACAUGGGGUCAUGACCCAAGUGUGAUCGCCACCUCCAACAUUCUUCUCACUCUAAAUGACGCUCUCGCCCACUCUGCAGUCUUCGUACAGGCUCACGGCUGGAAGUCAGAGGGUAAAACAGUUCAUGUCCCUUUCCCCUUGGAGUCAAGCACAGGUUUGUUUGCCCGUGGCCACUACCACUGUCACAGUGCGAUACAGUGCCUACGGCAGCACGUGGACCUAGGGCAUCAAUGUGGAUACAUCACACUGCUCAACACAGGCCACGAGGCCCGCACCGUCUUUCGACAUGACGAGGAGGAAGAAGAACAAGACUUCAACACUAACAAUUCCCACGCCAGUGUUCACUCCUCUGACAGUGACAAUCACCUCUUAGAUGAACCUUUGAAUGGUGUUAAAGAUAAACAGUCAGCAGCCAUGUUAGCUUCAGAAAUUGACCUCCUUACAGAGAGUGAUUCUGUAAGUGGGAGUAAACCAACCAGUCUCGAUCUCCAUAGCAGUGAUGAAACCAGUCUGAAGGAGGAUGAGUGGUCACUGUUGGAGUGUUACUUCGGAAUUCCGCUGUUUGAGCAAAAUAUAAACAAGGAAAUAUGUGACAGAAUCGUGUCAGAAGGAUUGUUCCAAGGAAAAAGUUUGGAGGAGCUGUUACAUUCCAGUAGAGGGCUGUCACUGAGGCUCCUCACCUUUAUAUCUCAACACCAGGAUAUUUCUAGUGGUGUGGAUGUAUCGGACCCGUUCAGUGCUCCCCGUGACCUGGGUAUCCCCUAUCCUACCCAGUGUCUUGUGUUCUCCGAUGGUGUUCUCCGCAAGUGGGACACCAGAUAAGGCCCACUUUCUCCAGAGGCUAACAUACUCUACAUUAUGCCUCUUAUUCUGCACUGCCACGGGCUCUCACUGAUAUUGGUGCAUGGAUACGACCAAAUUUGAAGAUCUCUGCUUCCAGACAUGGGAUUACAUUAUCAUUAACGUCUGUUGAGUUUGUUGAGGUGUUUUAUCCUUUUUACAAUAAGUAAAUCUAUUUACGUUUGUAUACUAGCGGAAAAAAGAAACUACAUAAUACAAAAAAAAUGCCUAAAAUAAUUUCAAGUUGAUGGAUGAUGACAUGUUGUAAAACUCAGUUAUUUGACACAAAAAAGUAACGGUGAUGCAGUAUUUCCUCAACCCAUGUUACAGUUUCUAGUAUUAUGUCACCUUUAAAAAAAUAAUUUUUCUUGGAUUGUUUAAGAACCAGUAUGUUUUUGCAUAGCGAUACAUACUUUCUAUAUUUCGCUAGUAUGUAUAUUUACAGAUAGGUAAUGACAGUUCAGUGCUGUUCUCCAAGCUUUUUAUCAUACAGGGACCAUGUGCAGAAUUUUACUUCUGAUUACGAAGUGCCAAGAUACUGUUACAACUAGGGAUGAGACAAUAUGGUCAGCACACGAUAUUACAUGUAUCAAUAUAACUACAUACCCAUACAAUGUUUUUUUAUGAUACAGAUAAUAAAAUACAAUGUAUCACCAUUGAAAUAUUUUCUGACAUUUUAUGACAAUAUACAAAUAAGAACUUGACUAGAAACAUAUUACAAAUAUAAAAGAAUGUUGUUUUGAUUAAGGAAAAUCUCAAAGUAAUAUAUUUUCAUAUUCUAGAUUCAUGAGGGCACCUUAUUUGGCAUAAGUUAUCUUUGUCUGCUUUGUCUGCCAUGUGGUCUGUGUUGUUGGUGAUACCGAUUGCUGCUCCAAUGCGAUACACAAUGGGUCAAUUGUUCAGAACUUUGUUUAAGUUAACAAUGCUGUUAAUGACAUCAAAGUUAACUUUCAAAUCUUUAUUGCUCUUUUAUUGUAAGUUUUAUGGGUACACUUCUGAUCUGCAGUAUUUCCAACAAUAUUACAGACAACCAUUUCAGCUGUUUUCGUUUUAUUUACCGUAUAUAUAUAUAUGAGCACAUCAUGGAACAGUUCAUGUUGAAAAGUUAACAAUGAUUUCGUUAAUCAAAUUAGUUGAACAAUUGGCCUAACUAUAAGUUACUGAAACAAAUCAAUCAAUGACAGAGAUGUUGCUUUACAAUCUAUUAUAAAUCUGCAUAAAAUUUGGACCGAAUAAUGGAAAUUUGUUGCAGUUAUUUUUUAAGUAAUUUGACAGACUUGUAUCGAUACGGCAGACUUCUGUAAAGAUGCUUAAGUGCAACUGCAUAUAUUGGUACAUUAUAUUGAUAUUCUGAUAUAUCGUCUCAUCCGUAGUUACAAUUAUGAACUUGAUUGUUUUGCGAUUUUGUUUCUC